ACUGUUCGAUCGUAUGUGUUGAUUUAACAGUGCAUCAUAUUUCGUAUUUGAUAUCUUCAGUGAAAAAUUACUUCUUCGCAGAUUUUACUCUUUCUUCCUCGUCGCAAACAAAAUCAACUGACGUUUAUGGGAAAGAAAAUUCAAUUUUGUAGCGCGCGAAAUCAGUUAAUUGCAUAAAAAUGAGUGAAAUGAAAUUAUUUAAAUAAUUGUUUGCAUCGAUUGCGUGCAAUUGAAAUGUUGCUUGAAAUUUGAAGCUUUUAUUUGAAAUAUAUCAACUGAUUUGAGUGUACAAUUGGAGGGAGAGUCAAUUUUUAUGUAUUGAAAAAAGAAAAUAUAAGAUAAAUAAAAUGAAUAUAAGCGCGAAAAAUGAUGCAGGCUCAUCGGCUUGGGAGCAAUUAGCAGCUUCACCAAAUCAUGAACAUCCAAUUCGUCAGCAACCACAACCACCUCCUCCACCGUCUGCUGUGAAACAACCGCCUCCAACAGAUUUAAAACCACCUGAGUAUGGAGAAGAAUUGCAUCCGGAAUUGGUAAGACAAGGUUGGAAGAAGUUUUGGUCAAAGAGAGAGAAUCGUCCUUAUUAUUGGAACAAAACUACAAAUGAAUCGCUUUGGGAAACGCCAAUGCUUAAUAAAUUUGAUCCUUUAACUGAUCCACUACAGCUAAGCAAUCCAAAUGGUCAAAAUAGUCCUCAUUCUCCUUUACCAGGGCCAUCAAAACAGCCGCCCAAGCCGCCUUUGAAAAGAAAUUUAAGUCAACAAGGUGGCCAACAAACGCCUCAACAAAAUCAAAGUUCACAACCGCCAAUGAAGAAAUUUGUAUUGGCGGGUCCAUGGGAUUUAGAAGUUCAGUCAAAUGUUUAUAUUUACAAUCGACCACCAUCCCAUCUUCUUCAUCCAAAUCCUGAAAUCGAAUAUAUGCGCGGCGUAGCAGCUCUCAAAUUAUUUCAAACAUAUGAGAAUUUAUGUCAACAAAGAGAGUCAAUAAAAGCUCCGAAAGGUUCAUUUAACAGAUGGUUAAUGGAAAGGAAAGUUAUAGAUAGAGGAUAUGAUCCAAUUCUUCCCAGCCAAUGCAACACAGAGGUUUCGCCUUCAAUGUAUAGAGAAAUAAUCCACGAUAUUCCGAUAAAACUUGUUAAACCUAAAUUCACAAGCGAUGCAAGAAAACAACUUUCAAGAUAUGCUGAAGCUGCUGUUCAUAUCAUCGAGAAUAGGCCAGCACCAGCGGAAAGCAAAAAAAUUGUUAAAUGGAAUGCUGAGGAAACUUUUGAAUGGUUGAGACGAACUGUUGGAUCAAGUUAUGAGGACUUUCAAGAUAGGUUGGAUCAUUUGAAGCGACAAUGUGAACCGCAUUUAAUAGAUACAGUCAAAGGGAGUGUUGAGGCACUUUGCACAAAAAUCUACACUUUGUCAGCAGAGCAUGUGAAGAAAAUUCGUGAUCGACACGUUCAAUUAUUGAAAGAAAAUGGACUUAACGAUCCAACACCAGCCGUUCCUCCUGGUCAUAGAAAAGAAGAAAUUUGUUCUCCUAUACAAUUUGCACUGCCUCCGAUUCGUCUCCCUGUCGUUGAUUAUCAAUUCGAAAGGGAUCACAUAAAUGUAAAGUACACUUAUCCGACAGCGCAAGCACCUGACACACAUACUCUCAACAUGACACAUUUACAGAAACUUGAACAACUUUAUCGCUAUAAUUGCGAUGACAAUUUUUCCCUCUUCAUCCCACGUCUUUAUUGCAUGUUGAAGCGUUAUUCAACAUUCCUAGGAAAUUAUUCACCAGUACAACAAGAGUCAGAAGAAUCACAAACAUCUAUACCUGCAUCUGUCUUUAAUUGUUUAAAUGUUCAUUUUGGUGUUACAUUUGAAUGCUUUGCAUCUCCGCUUAAUUGUUACUUUCGUCAAUAUUGUUCAGCAUUUGGCGAUACUGAUUCUUAUUUUGGAUCAAGAGGGCCAUUCUUAGAUUUCUUCCCAACGAGAGGAUCAUUUCAAGCCAAUCCGCCAUACUGUGAAGAGCUUAUUGAUGCAACACUUCAACAUAUUGAUCGAUUGCUAUCAGAUUCUAGUUAUCCUUUGAGUUUCAUUGUUUUUCUUCCGGAUUAUAAAGAUAAGCCACUAAAGUGUCUAUCAAGGAUUGAAGAUAGUCCUUAUAAGCGCAAACUUCUUGUUGUACCUGCUAUGGAGCAUGAAUAUCGUCAUGGUUACCAGCAUGUUCUUCAAAAAUCAGAAAUAAACGUGAAAAGUGUUACAGCUACAUUAGUAGUGUGGCUGCAAAACGAGAAUGGAUUCAACAUGUAUAAGCCAAGUGAUGCAGCGAUUGAUGCUUUUCUUGAGUCAUAUAGACCUGGUCGCGACAAAAACAGCGACUCAUUGAGUGUUGAUAAUGCAAUAACAGCAACGUCUAACAAUAAUAAUAGCGAAGUUAAUAAGGCAACAUAAUAGGAUCAAUCCAUGGAAAAGGGCGAUUAUUUAAACAUAAGUUUCGUUAAAUUAAAAAAGUCACAAACUUUGGCCAUAAAAAUGUUUGUAAAUCAGCGAUUUUUUUUUUCUUUCAUUGAUGUACAAAAUGUUUUUCAAUUUCCGAUUAAGAAAUAUUUCUAUUGCACUUCAAUAAUUCAAUAGUGAAUUAAAUUCAUAUUAUAUUAGAUAUAAAGAACACAGAACAAAAUCAAAAAUUUAAAGAAAUUUAAUUUUGUCAUUUUUGAUGAUUAAUUUUUAAAACAAGUGAGUGUUAAGGGAUAGUUGAAUUGUGAAGUAAAUUAUGCAUGGAAAAGAAGAAAAAAAAAUCUAAUUUAAGCUAAUCAAGUGCAAAUAACAAAUUUAAGAUUUUGAUGUUCUAAAUGAGAAAAAAUAUAAUUUUUUUGGGAUAUAUUUGUAAAAUCCAAAUUUUAUGAUCCGAAAUCAUAUUUCAAUGUACUAUUAGCAACUCUUAUAUGCUUAGACGAAUAAAAUUAUGUCUCAUAAAAGAUA